AUGGUUGGAUUCUUGCUGUUUCACUUUCCAGCUAUUUCUUUUGCUCUCAAUACUGUAGCUUGCAUUGACUAUUUCUGUUCAUCCUCAGAAGGUGACAACUGUAUCGAAGUCUACUCAACCGAAGUUUUACUAAAAUCAUGCCCAGAAAAUUAUGUAUGUGAAAGCUACUCCCAAUUUAAAGAUUAUUCAGAAAACUGGCAAAACGUCUCUUGUGUCGCCCAGUCUUCAUCAGUAGACCUUUGCUCUACCUCCACAACUGGAAAUAUAUAUACCGGACUUUACUGCUGUAAAACAACUAACUGUCAUACAGGGAGCUGUAUAAAUGAUCGAUGCGUAGGUCGCUCUAUUGGUUCUACAUGUUCUUCCAAUGAAGAUUGCACCUCAGAAGCCUAUUGCAAAGAUUUUACCUCAACAGUCCAAGGAAUUUGCACAAAAAUUCAGUCAAACUCUGCUUGCUCGACAGAUAUCGAUUGCUAUGUGGGUUAUGGCUGUAACCAAGGAAGCUGUACCCAGCUCUUCAGCCUUGAUUAUAAUUCAAAAACUUCAGACAAAAAAUUCUGUAAAAGCGAUUAUGCAACGACUGGGUACUGUGAUGCUAUAACUGUUUGGUCACAAGGAUACCAACUUAACAGCCCUUUUGAAUGCCAAAUUGGGUACAUGUGUGAGUAUAAAUCACUGAUUUAUGGGUCUAUUUUAGAUCAGCAGCUUUGUGUUUGCAGUGGAAAUGGCGACGAUGUAGGGUAUUGUGGGUUUAAUAUGAAUUACGAAAGAAAUCAUGCUGAAAAUUUAUAUUCAGGUUUAAAAUACACAAGUAGCAACUGUGCUGGGACAAAUGGAAGGACAGAUGAUGUGAAUAUUAUGUAUCAGUGUGGAAGCAUAUCUAGAGAUCAGUACAAUUUGUGGAUAGAAUUAAAAAACCAGUAUGAUUAUUGGACUCUUUACAGCUCAGGGGCAAUUGAUUCUUGUGCAGAAGAUCUUGGAUUUUUCGAGACUGGCAGCUCAACAAAUUUAUUAUUAUCCGCAGCUUUCUUACUUGCAGAAAUCUUUACCUAA